AUGACUUUCUCCAGCCUGUGCUAUCCAGAAUGCAGGGUGGCCUGGCCCUGUCCAGUCACUGGUAGCUGCAACGAGCCAUGCGUUAGGCAGUGCCCUGAUUCCGAAAUGGUGAUCAGACCCUCACCAGUUGUCGUGACCCUCCCAGGACCAAUUCUCAGCAAUUUCUCUCAGCACAAUGGAAUGGGAGCCAUAGGAGCACCUGUGGUCAGACCCAGUUUCGGGGGCUCAUUGGGUUUGGGGGGAUUGUAUGGCCAUGGAAGCCAUUAUGGAGGAUUGUAUGGUUUAGGGGGGUUAUAUGGUUAUGGUGGCCGUUAUGGUUACGGGGGAUUACUGGGCCAUGGGGGAUACUGUGGUUACCCGGGUCUUUAUGGUUACAGGGGAUUAUGGGGAUACGGGGGAUAUGGCCGUAGGUCCGGUUUUGGGGGCUCAUUGGGUCAUGGGGGAUUGUACGGCUAUGGAGGCCCUUAUGGAGGAUUGUAUGGUUUAGGGGGAUACAGUGGUUAUGGUGGCUGUUACGGUUAUGGGGGAUUAGGCGGUUACCUGGGCGGUUAUGGUUAUGGGGGCUUAUGUGGUUCCGGGGUAUCUCUCCAUAGAUACCUCAGUGGAAGCUGUGGGCAUCACAAGGAGGGGCUUUGGUGCUCCUAUGGCUCCCACUCCAGUGUGCUGAGGAAAAUUGCUGAGAAUUGGUCCCGGGAGGGUCACGACAACCGGUGA